AUGCAACACGUACUCAAUUCAACAAGGCCUGGCAAUCAGUUUUGGUUUUACGAUGACGUGACACAGUAUGGCAGAACAAGGUACCUCAAUUACUAUACUCCUUUGAUACUGUCAAUGUUUACGCUGUUGUUCGUAGCCUAUAACAUAUGGAAACAUUACUACUCUUUUAAUGUGCUACACCUAAAACAAAAAAAUGCUAUUGAAGAACUGUUAUACUCAUCUACCGAUGAAGACGAGCACAGUCCUUUGAUAAACAAUAAUAACACUACAACGAACUAUGUGGACAUCAAUUCCAAAAAAGACGAAUUGAAAAACAGACAUUUUUCUCUUGAAAAGCUUAAAUCGGUUAAGCUAAACGGAGAACCUCAUGGAAAACCUGAAGUAAUUAGAAGAGGUUUCAUUGAAAAAUCCAGAAUCAUCCUCGAAUUUUUUUUGGUUCUUUCUCAGGUCAUUAUACAUUCUUUCAUACUAUUACACUAUGUUAAUAAAAAUCCAGAAUUCCCUCAACGAAGUACCAUCACCUGUUUAGUGGAAUGGUGUUUAUUGUUUGUCAUAGUCUCCUUACGUCUAGCCAAUGUAAACCAAAAUUUUAAAUUAAUAAACAGAUAUCCUGGAAAUUUAUGGUCCGUAUCGUUUAUAAAUUAUUUGGUCCUGUUCAGUUCCAUGAUUUUACCCUUCCGUUCCAUUUUCAUCCACCAUAUCAACACUUCUAUUUCGAAAAAGUAUUACAUUUCACAAAUAUCAAUUAACUUGGGGCUUUUUCUAUUGCUCUUUUUUGCGAGAAUAAGAAACAAUUUUGCUAUCAUAUAUAAAACCGACAGCUGGAUUACUCCAUCCCCAGAACCAGUAACUUCCAUUGCCGGAUUCAUCUGCUGGGCUUGGAUAGAUGCUUUUGUUUGGAAAGCGCACAAAGUGAGUAUCAAAGUCAAGGAUAUUUGGGGGUUAAUGAUGCAGGAUUAUUCCUUCUUUGUAGUAAAGAAAUUCAGAUAUUUUGUCGAUCAUAAAGUUAAGAAGAAGCGCAUUUUUUCCUUGAACCUUUUCUUCUUCUUUUCGAACUAUUUGUCACUGCAAUGCUUCUGGGCAUUUUUGGGCAGUGUGCUCUCCUUCAUUCCAACAGUCUUACUGAAGAGAAUCCUGGAAUAUGUUGAAGAUCAAUCAUCUGCUCCUUCAAAUUUGGCUUGGUUUUACGUCACCACCAUGUUUGUGGGUAGAAUCUUAGUAGCUGUUUGUCAAGCACAAGCUCUCUUUUUUGGAAGAAGAGUUUGUAUCAGGAUGAAAAGUAUUAUAAUUUCUGAAAUUUACACCAAAGCUUUGAGAAGAAUGAUUUCUACCAACAAGGCUAAACCUACUAAUGAAGAUCCACAGGAAAUUAAUGAUCAAAAGAGUAUCAAUGGCGAUGAAGAAUCCACCUCUUCCGCCAACCUAGGCGCAAUUAUCAAUUUAAUGGCUAUUGACGCUUUCAAAGUCUCUGAAAUCUGUGGAUAUUUACAUUCGUUUUUAGAGGCCUUUGUUAUGACUGUUGUAGCUCUUGCAUUGUUAUACCAUCUACUUGGUUUUGCUGCAAUCGUGGGUGUCCUAAUUAUCGUAGCUAUGCUUCCACUAAAUUAUAAGCUUGCCAAAUACAUUGGUGAUUUGCAAAAAAAGAACUUGGCUGUUACAGAUAACCGUAUUCAAAAGUUGAAUGAAGCUUUCCAAGCCAUCAGAAUCAUCAAAUAUUUUUCAUGGGAAGAAAAUUUUGAAAAAGAAAUCAACACUAUCAGAGAAAACGAGUUGUCUUUACUAUUGAUGAGAUCUAUUAUUUGGUCAAUCAGUUCUUUUGUUUGGUUUGUUACCCCAACCAUCGUAACAGCCGCUUCAUUCGCUUACUAUAUUUACGUCCAAGGCGAAGUAUUAACCACCCCAGUUGCCUUUACUGCGCUUUCUUUAUUCACCUUAUUGAGAGAUCCUUUGGACCGUUUGUCUGAUAUGUUAAGUUUUGUCGUCCAAUCGAAGGUCUCACUAGAUAGAGUUCAAGAUUUCUUGAAUGAAAAAGAUACGAAAAAGUACGAUCAAUUGACUAUAGAUCCGAACGGCAAAAGGUUUGCUCUUGAAAAUUCCACCAUUUCUUGGGAUAAAGAUAACCAAGACUUUAAAUUGAAGGAUUUGAAUAUUGAAUUCAAAACGGGUAAGCUAAAUGUUGUUAUUGGCCCUACUGGUUCUGGUAAGACAUCUCUGUUGAUGGCGUUGUUAGGUGAAAUGUAUUUACUGAAUGGUAAGAUUGUUGUUCCAGCACUAGAACCAAGACAAGAAUUAGUCGUGGAUGCAAAUGGCACAACGAAUUCUAUCGCUUACUGUUCUCAAGGUGCUUGGCUCCUAAAUGAUACUAUAAAACAUAACAUACUCUUCAAUAGCCCAUUUAACGAGGCGAGGUAUAAAGCUGUCGUCGAAGCAUGUGGAUUAAAACGUGAUUUUGAAAUUUUGAAAGCCGGGGACUUGACAGAAAUCGGUGAGAAAGGUAUUGCUCUAUCCGGUGGUCAAAAGCAAAGAGUUUCUCUUGCCAGAGCCUUGUACUCCAAUGCAAGACACGUUCUUUUAGAUGAUUGUUUAAGCGCAGUUGAUUCUCACACCGCAUCAUGGAUCUACGAUAAUUGUAUCACUGGCCCACUAAUGGAAGAUAGAACAUGCAUUUUGGUUUCUCACAACAUAGCAUUGACUUUAAGAAAUGCUGAACUGGUUGUACUGCUAGAAGAUGGUAGAAUUAAAGAUCAAGGUGAUCCAAUAGAUAUGUUACAAAAAGGUCUAUUUGGCGAAGACGAGUUGGUAAAAAGCAGUAUUUUGUCGCGAGCAAAUUCUUCUGCUAAUUUAGCCACGAAAAGUAACACCAGCUUAAGUAACCUACCAGCUGUCAAAGAACAAAAGAUUAGCGUGAACAACAACUCCCCACAAUUCGAAUCUACGAAACUCCAAAAACCAAUGAGAACAGAAGCUGAACGUGCUGAGGACGGUAGAUUAAUUGAAGAAGAAACGAAAGAAGAGGGUGUAGUUGGCAUGGAUGUCUAUAAAUGGUAUUUGAAAAUCUUUGGUGGUUGGAAAAUUGUUACAUUUUUGGCCUUAUUGUUCUUAACGUCCCAACUUCUGUAUAUUGGACAAUCAUGGUGGGUUCGCGCCUGGGCAUCUCACAAUGUUAUCGCCAAAAUUGUUCCCCUGGCACAAAGCGCUAUCGCUUUUGUCUCUAAGAAAGCUAGUGAUCUAAUAGAUUGGAAGGGCUCGUUUCAGGUAAGUACGAUGUCAAACGCAAGCCAACCCACUGGUAAGCAUUCUACAAUGUAUUAUCUCAUUUUGUACUUGAUAAUCGGUUUGGCUCAGUCAUUAUUGGGAGCUGGUAAAACUAUCCUAAAUUUCGCUGCUGGUAUCAACGCAUCGAGAAAAAUAUUCAACAUGAUCCUAAACAAAGUGCUGCACUCCAAAAUAAGGUUUUUUGAUGCUACUCCAACUGGUAGAAUUAUGAAUAGAUUUUCCAAGGAUAUAGAAGCCAUUGAUCAGGAACUAACACCUUAUAUCCAAGGUGCCUUCUAUUCGCUUAUUGAAUGUUUGUCUACCGUCAUAUUGAUCACAUUUAUUACCCCGCAAUUUUUGUCAAUCGCUAUUGUUGUUUCGAUCUUGUACUAUUUCGUUGGCUACUUUUACAUGGCAGGUUCUCGUGAAUUGAAAAGAUUUGAAUCUAUUUCUAGGUCACCAAUCUAUCAACACUUUUCGGAGACUCUGGUUGGUGUCACAACGAUUCGUGCAUUCGGUGACGAAGGGAGAUUCAUGCAAGAGAAUCUACAAAAAAUCGAUGAAAAUAAUAAACCGUUUUUCUAUUUAUGGGUGGCCAAUCGUUGGCUGGCCUUUAGAAUAGACAUGAUUGGAUCCUUGGUUAUCUUUGGGGCUGGUUUGUUCAUAUUGUUCAAUAUUGAUCAUAUAGAUUCAGGUAUGGCUGGUAUAUCUUUAACAUAUGCGAUUUCCUUUACUGAGGGUGCGUUAUGGUUGGUGAGGUUGUACUCUGAAGUAGAGAUGAACAUGAAUUCUGUUGAGAGAGUUAAGGAAUAUAUGAAGAUUGAGCAAGAACCAUACAAUCAACACAAGGAAGUGCCUCCAUCGCAGUGGCCGCAGGACGGUAAGAUUGAAGUUAAUGAUUUAUCAUUACGUUAUGCUCCAAACCUGCCUAGAGUGAUCAACAACGUUUCAUUUUCUGUUGACGCGCAAUCUAAGAUCGGUAUUGUUGGGAGAACAGGUGCUGGUAAGUCAACAAUUAUUACCGCCUUGUUUAGGUUUUUGGAACCUGAAACUGGCCAUAUCAAGAUUGAUAAUAUCGACAUUUCUGGUGUCGAUUUGCAAAGGUUGCGUCGCUCUAUAACUAUUAUUCCACAAGAUCCAACACUAUUCUCGGGGACAAUUAAGACCAAUCUGGAUCCAUAUGACGAAUUUAGCGACAAAAAAAUCUUUGAGGCCUUGAAACGUGUCAAUCUAAUCAGUGAAGAACAAUCACAUCAAGGGGCCGUAAGAGAAGCGGACAACGAUACUUCAUCAAAUAGUUCAGAGAACAUUAAUAAAUUCUUGGAUUUGAGUAGUGAAGUCAGUGAAGGUGGAUCUAACUUGUCUCAAGGACAACGCCAAUUGAUGUGUCUUGCUAGAUCAUUACUAAGAAGUCCGAAGAUUAUUUUGCUAGACGAAGCUACUGCGUCCAUCGACUAUAGUUCGGAUGCAAAGAUACAAGAAACCAUUAGAAAAGAGUUUCAAGGAAGUACAAUUUUAACCAUCGCACAUAGACUAAGAUCCGUUAUUGAUUAUGACAAAAUUUUAGUAAUGGAUGCUGGUGAAGUUAAAGAAUAUGAUCAUCCAUAUUCCUUGUUACUGAAUAAACAAAGCAUAUUUUACAGCAUGUGUGAACAUAGUGGAGAAUUAGAAACUCUAAUUGAACUGGCUAAGAAGGCCUUCGUCGAAAAAUUGAACUCUAAAAAGGACUAA